UCUGUCAACCGAUUAGUGCGCGCGCCCAUCGCAGCAGUUGGCGUGCAUUAAUUAUUAUUUAUAUUUAUUUUCGCGUUUAUUUAGUCUUAUCACCAUCUCCUUCAAUUGAGCGCAAUUAAGUCGAAGACUUGUUCGUUUUUUUUUGUGUUGCCGGGUUCUUGGAUUGACUUCUUUGUCCGACUGGGGCACCCCUCGAAGAUGUGACAGUCGCGCGCACUAAAAAAAUGUAAACAAUGCGCCGCAGGCACUAAUGUUUAUCUGAUUGAAGUCGGUGAAUUAGAAGCUGGGUUUGAAUCUCCUUGUGCUAAAAAUAAGUUUCUUGCCGCCAGAGACAAACAGACUUUGACAGUUGUUCACCUUUGGCGUUGCACGCCUUGCCAAGCGUCGCAACGCUAAAGCUAGUGAACUGUCAAAUUGAAGUUUUUGGACCGUUUGUCUCUGUGCCCCGACCAAGGGUCCCCAAAAAUUGCCGCUCAUGAUGACGCUCGUGUCGCACUGUUGUCGUGAUUUAUGGACUCUUUUGUGGUAGUGCCGGAUUAAAAGAUUCGGCAGCAGCCGUCGCGCGUUGUCUCAAGUGGAAGUCGUUUGUGUCGUACAAGCCGCCGAAAUGCCGAAUCUUCUCUAAUGGAAACUGCUUGCGAAGACCUGGUGGUGCUUCCCUACUCGUCCUCCUCCACCGCCUACUGCGAAGACCCGCUGACCAGCCAGGCAACAGCAGCCGAUCUGUCUACACGGCUUCCUUGGAUACCCGUAGCAGCAAACGAUAGGGAAUCUCAAGAGGAGGAGGCCAAAGAAAGGUGCUGGUGCUGUCAGCUUGACGGAGCAGGCGAAGGAGAAGAGGAGGAGAAAUCACCAAUGAUUAAAGCUAUAAAAACGCGUUACUUUUCAAAGAGAGCGAACAGCUCAACUACAACAAACCACGGCGAACUCGAGGGAAAAAAGGAAAGCAAAGAUUUCUGAAGAGCAAAGCGACGAAGUGAAGGAGGAGGAAGAAGGAGCAACAACUGGCCAGUCAGCCGUGGAGAUUCGACAACAGAACACAAGGUAAACACCUAAUUUAUUAUCCACUUCAGCGGCUCGAGAGUGGGCCCCUCGGACUUUGGCAAGUGGAGAGCGUAGAAGGAGGAAUAUUUUGAAUAUUUUCGAUUAUCGCGUGCCGUCAUACCUCACGAGUACCGCACUCAUCUAGUGGGCUAUGGAACUCGCGCAGAUCUAGUGAUCUGUUUUGCGGGGUUGUCACCCCCCUUGCGCGCCUAAAUGACAGGAGUGCGAUUUCGAAAGGUUGUUGACGCGACUACCGUAGAGGGGCACUUCAGAACACGAAAAACGACAAAACGUGCCAGAUAAACCUAUUUACAAUAGUUUACAUCACAACAAAUGUCAAAACAGAACAAAGGCCGUAAAGCUGCGCUUUUCAAAAAGGUAAACAAACACCGCGUGGAGACAAAAGAUUCUAAACAUUUCGGGGCAUUAGCUUCGGCGGCGCUCACUCUCUCAAAAUAACAAUGACGGUUAUUAGUUCAGAACUGCGUCUGUGAAGGAGGCAAUAUUUAUGUCCGCCAGUUGCUCUGUCACGCUUUGUUGUUUGGAAAUAUCGGGUUUGUUGUUGUCAACGGGAGAUCCGACGAAAAAAAGGUGCAUCAUGUAUUGGUCAGUAAUGAUGGUCUUUUUGGCUCGCGCACUAACAAAACGCACUCCUUGGAGAUUUAUGGCCAAAUUCCGGACAACAAAAAAACGGGCAGGGUUCGCUUGUGCCAGCAGCAGCUCAAGGUGUUAAAUUUAUAAAUUGCUCACAAAAACGCAAUUUUCAAAAACGUGUGACCCCGAACAGGGGAGGGAGUUAUCCGAAGGCCCGAAACUUAUUAUGUCCACUUGAGCCGGCCCAGCGGGAGAUUUUGUCAUUUCCAUUUAUUCAAUAAUAAAUAUUUGUGUUACUCUUGUAACCUCUUCCACCCAGAGCAGUGCUGGCAGCUUCGCUGAAUCACCCCCCGGUUUGACAUUUGGACCGUGGGAAGCCAUCGACGCAAAAAAAUGGCGGCAUUUUCAAACGACCUCCUCCGAGUCGUAAAGCUUUGCAUAUUACGCUCGCGGUGAGAAUGUUGUCCGGGGGCUUCCGUUCCGUGCAAGAAUCUUCCUAUUUACACGUUUAUUGCACGUCAAUAACGGGCCGCAUUAGCUCUGUGUUGAUGUUGGCCAUAUUGCUCGAGCGCUCGGGUUGCGACCUCGCGCGGGAGCUUGUAAAACCAAGAGUCGCAGCGAGAGCUGGCAGUUCGCCAAACAUAAAACUAAAUCGAUUUAUGAUUUUGUGAGGUGAAAUUUAUGGCUUUAGCACCUUCGGCGCAGAGGGCGCGCUUUCGGCACGCUCGGCCGUGUGACCUCACCCGGCCGUGUCAUGAUUCUCGACGGGCCCCCAUCAAACAGCAGGUGAGAUAUGAUUGAUCCUCGAUGGGGAGCCGCGCGGGUGUGACCCUGAAAUUUACACGCCGAAAACGGUGGUCAUAGGACGAUAAUGAAGAACCAACAGAGGUUGGACACUUCAAAUUACUGUGAACU